AUCUCAUGAACUGCGAUCAAAGAUUCUUUCGCUGCAGUUGCUUCUGUCCAUUCUGCAAAAUGCAGGACCUGUCUUCAGGACAAAUGAGAUGUUUAUUAAUGCUAUUAAGCAGUAUCUUUGUGUUGCACUGUCAAAAAAUGGAGUCUCAUCAGUUCCAGAAGUUUUUGAGCUUUCGCUUUCCAUAUUUCUUACCCUCCUGUCAAACUUUAAGACUCAUCUAAAGAUGCAGAUAGAGGUUUUCUUCAAAGAAAUUUUCCUGUAUAUCUUGGAAACUUCUACUAGCUCAUUUGAUCAUAAAUGGAUGGUUAUACAAACGUUGACAAGGAUAUGUGCAGAUGCCCAGAGCGUAGUGGACAUCUAUGUGAACUAUGAUUGUGAUUUAAAUGCAGCAAAUAUAUUUGAAAGGCUGGUUAAUGACCUAUCAAAGAUUGCUCAAGGAAGGGGUAGCCAAGAACUUGGCAUGUCCAAUGUUCAGGAAUUAAGUUUGAGAAAAAAAGGAUUGGAAUGCUUAGUAUCGAUCUUGAAGUGCAUGGUGGAGUGGAGUAAGGAUCAAUAUGUAAAUCCCAAUUCUCAGACAACGCUUGGCCAAGAAAAACCCACAGAACAGGACAGCAAUGAAACCAAACACCCUGAAACAAUUAACAGAUACGGGAGCUUGAAUUCCUUGGAUUCUACUGCUUCCUCAGGAAUUGGCAGUUACAGCACACAGAUGUCUGGCACUGACAACCCAGAGCAGUUUGAGGUCCUAAAGCAACAAAAGGAAAUAAUAGAACAAGGAAUUGACUUAUUCAAUAAGAAACCAAAGAGGGGGAUUCAGUACCUGCAAGAACAAGGAAUGCUUGGCACUACCCCUGAAGAUAUUGCUCAGUUCUUGCAUCAAGAGGAAAGAUUAGAUUCAACUCAGGUUGGGGAGUUCCUGGGAGACAAUGACAAAUUUAACAAAGAAGUCAUGUAUGCAUAUGUAGACCAACACGACUUUUCAGGAAAGGAUUUUGUUUCAGCUCUGCGCAUGUUUCUAGAGGGAUUUCGUCUUCCAGGAGAGGCACAAAAAAUUGAUCGUCUAAUGGAGAAAUUUGCUGCUAGAUACUUAGAAUGUAACCAAGGGCAAACUCUUUUUGCUAGUGCAGAUACUGCAUAUGUUUUAGCUUACUCAAUUAUCAUGUUGACAACAGAUCUUCACAGUCCACAGGUUAAGAACAAAAUGACAAAAGAACAGUAUAUUAAAAUGAAUAGAGGUAUCAAUGACAGUAAAGAUCUCCCUGAAGAAUAUUUGUCUGCUAUCUAUAAUGAAAUAGCUGGGAAGAAGAUUUCAAUGAAAGAAACAAAAGAAUUAACAAUACCCACAAAAUCCAGUAAACAAAGUGUUGCUAGUGAAAAACAAAGAAGACUCCUAUAUAAUUUGGAAAUGGAACAAAUGGCUAAAACAGCUAAAGCUCUUAUGGAGGCAGUGAGCCAUGUUCAAGCACCUUUUACUAGUGCAACACACCUGGAGCAUGUGAGACCCAUGUUUAAGUUGGCAUGGACACCUUUUCUAGCUGCGUUCAGUGUGGGUCUACAGGACUGUGAUGACACAGAAGUUGCCUCUCUUUGUUUGGAGGGCAUACGAUGUGCAAUCCGGAUUGCUUGCAUUUUCAACAUUCAGCUUGAAAGAGAUGCCUAUGUCCAAGCGUUAGCAAGAUUUACGUUACUUACAGUGAGUUCUGGUAUUACUGAAAUGAAGCAGAAGAAUAUUGACACAAUUAAAACUCUCAUCACGGUGGCUCAUACAGAUGGAAACUAUUUAGGAAAUUCCUGGCAUGAGAUUCUGAAAUGCAUCAGUCAACUUGAACUGGCACAGUUAAUAGGAACUGGAGUAAAACCUCGCUACAUCUCAGGGACAGUGCGUGGCAGGGAAGGUUCUUUUACUGGAACAAAAGAUCAGGCACCCGAUGAAUUUGUGGGACUGGGACUGGUUGGUGGAAACGUGGAUUGGAAACAGAUAGCAAGUAUUCAGGAAUCCAUUGGUGAAACUAGCUCCCAAAGUGUUGUCGUUGCUGUAGACAGAAUAUUCACAGGAUCUACAAGGUUGGAUGGAAAUGCUAUUGUGGAUUUUGUUCGCUGGCUUUGUGCUGUAUCUAUGGAUGAACUGCUGUCUGCUACCCACCCUCGGAUGUUUAGUCUGCAGAAGAUAGUAGAGAUUUCUUACUACAACAUGGGCCGGAUAAGGCUACAGUGGUCUAGAAUCUGGGAAGUUAUUGGAGAUCAUUUUAAUAAGGUUGGCUGCAAUCCCAAUGAAGAUGUAGCUAUUUUUGCAGUAGACUCAUUAAGGCAAUUAUCAAUGAAGUUUUUGGAAAAAGGAGAACUUGCUAAUUUCCGAUUCCAGAAGGACUUCCUAAGACCGUUUGAACAUAUCAUGAAGAGAAACAGGUCCCCUACUAUUCGAGACAUGGUUGUACGGUGUAUUGCACAGAUGGUAAAUUCCCAGGCUGCUAACAUUCGUUCUGGUUGGAAAAACAUUUUUUCAGUAUUUCAUCUGGCAGCCUCAGAUCAGGAUGAAAGUAUAGUGGAACUUGCAUUCCAGACUACAGGACACAUUGUCACAAUUGUGUUUGAAAAACACUUCCCAGCAACCAUAGAUUCUUUCCAGGAUGCAGUAAAGUGCUUGUCUGAAUUUGCCUGCAAUGCAGCAUUUCCAGAUACCAGUAUGGAAGCGAUCCGCCUCAUUCGCCACUGUGCAAAAUAUGUAUCUGAUAGACCUCAGGCGUUCAAGGAAUACACGAGUGAUGAUAUGAAUGUAGCUCCUGAAGACAGAGUGUGGGUGCGAGGAUGGUUCCCAAUUCUGUUUGAGUUGUCCUGUAUCAUCAAUAGAUGCAAAUUAGAUGUAAGAACCAGGGGCUUAACAGUAAUGUUUGAAAUAAUGAAGACAUAUGGCCAUACUUACGAAAAACACUGGUGGCAAGAUUUGUUCCGGAUCGUCUUCAGGAUAUUUGACAACAUGAAACUACCAGAACAGCAGACUGAGAAAGCUGAAUGGAUGACAACUACUUGCAACCAUGCACUUUAUGCAAUAUGUGAUGUAUUCACACAGUAUUUAGAAGUACUUAGUGAUGUUCUUUUGGAUGAUAUAUUUGCGCAGCUGUACUGGUGUGUGCAGCAAGACAAUGAACAACUGGCACGGUCUGGUACAAACUGUUUGGAGAAUGUUGUCAUCCUAAAUGGUGAAAAGUUUACCCUAGAAAUCUGGGAUAAAACUUGUACUUGCAUGCUGGAUAUUUUCAAAACUACUAUCCCUCAUGCGCUGCUGACUUGGCAACCAGUCAGUGGGGAGUUUGGCUCUGGAUCUCCCUCUGAUGCAAAAGAAAAACUGGAUACAAUCUCACAGAAGUCAGUAGAUAUUCAUGAGUCUAUUCAGCCUAGAUCUUCAGAUGGACGUCCAUAUCAACCCAGCACAGGGUCCACAGUAGGUGAAGAAAUGAGUAAAACCAGGCCAACAGCAAAAUUUCCAGAACAGAAGUUAUUUGCUGCUCUUUUGAUCAAAUGCGUUGUACAACUGGAACUCAUUCAGACUAUCGACAAUAUUGUGUUCUUCCCAGCAACUAGCAAAAAAGAAGAUGCAGAGAAUCUAGCAGCAGCCCAAAGAGAUGCAGUAGACUUCGAUGUCCGUGUGGAUACACAAGAUCAAGGGAUGUAUCGUUUUCUAACAUCGCAGCAGCUUUUCAAACUUCUCGAUUGUCUGCUAGAAUCUCACAGAUUUGCUAAAGCAUUUAAUUCAAACAACGAACAAAGAACUGCUCUCUGGAAAGCAGGUUUCAAAGGCAAAUCAAAGCCUAAUCUUCUGAAACAGGAGACUAGUAGUCUUGCCUGUGGGUUGCGCAUUCUGUUCCGUAUGUACAUGGAUGAAAGCCGUACCAGUGCGUGGGAGGAAGUCCAGCAAAGACUACUAAAUGUCUGCAGUGAGGCUCUGAGUUACUUCCUCACUCUUACAUCAGAAAGUCAUCGGGAAGCCUGGACUAAUCUAUUACUCUUAUUUUUGACUAAAGUCCUGAAGAUAAGUGAUGAAAGGUUCAAGGCUCAUGCCUCAUUCUACUAUCCUCUGUUGUGUGAAAUUAUGCAGUUUGACCUUAUUCCUGAACUUCGAGCGGUUCUACGAAGGUUUUUCCUGCGGAUUGGUGUGGUUUUCAAAAUAUCCCAACCACCAGAACAAGAUCCUGGACUAAGCAAGCAGUAGCAGUUAGUGACUGAGUAUUGCUCCGUUCAAAAGUUUAUAUUCCUCAGCUAAAUAAAAGGACCAGGUAGCUGAGCUGUUCUGUCUGGACAUCCAUAAAAAUGGGGUUUUGUAUGGCAAUGUGCAGCCAAGGGUUAACGGUACAGAUGUGUACAACUGUAAUUAAGGCUUGCAACGCUCCAGUCCCUUUAUUUCCUGAUGGAUUCUCUCUAUCGGUUUCUCUUACCUGGCUCAUGCUGAGCACAGAGCCAGUUUUUAGCCCAGUCCUCUUGUCAGCGUGGGCUGCAAUAUCCUUCACGGUCCUAGACAGCAGUAUGGCAACGGACGUUUGUGGCGGGUGUGAAAGUCAAAUGUACCCAAAGAACUCUGUAUGUAAAGGUUUGAGCUUCUGCAAGAAGUACAACUCAGGAGAGCUGUAUUUUGAAGGAUAAAAUGUUUAUAGUGAGAAGAAAAUGGAGAUUAUUGUUCAUGGUAAAAGAUAUUUAGCAACUACUGUCGGAUAUUCUAAGAUUUUUGCACACUCAGGCUGUCUGAGACAUUGGUAAUCAUCCUUCUGUGAAAAAUGUACAGAGAUGCAGGUCUGUAAUAUAAACUCUUUAACACUAUACAGUUCUUCC